AGACCUCUAUCUCAAAAUCACAUAUACGCACACAUAGCUGUUGCUGAAACUUCUUUGAAAUUGCAACUUUUGUCAUUUCCUAAAAUGCUAAAUAUAUAUUUAUGAGACCAUGAACGUCUUCAUUCCGGUUUGUGUUUUGGGACAUUUUUGCUCCCCUGGCUGUUGCCUUGGUGAUUAUACAGUACAUUGAACAGCACGAGUUAGUUUUUCACAUCUUUAAAAACAUACCAUAUUCCCCAUAUCUGUUUCUUCAAGUGCCUGUUGUCUGUACUUUGCUGUGUAUUGCAUAUAUGACCACUGUCCUGCAUGAUAGACAUCGUGUUCCUAAAAAUGAUGCAACAAUUCUGAGAUUGGUGUUGCAGUUUAGAUUACUCAGGAAGUGUGCUUAUAUGACAGAAAAAUGCAAAAUGAGUAGAAACAUGUUGCACUAAGUACCUUAUGGUGUUUGUAGCUGCAAUAUCCAGCAUUCCUGUGUCACUUUUAUUUUGGAAGUCCCUUCCUUUUUGCGUUACACCUUUGCAUUCUUGUCAGAUCUCUCCUCCUUCCUGGCCCCUUGUUGUACCACCCAUUCUGUUUGAUGCAUGCAUCUAUAACGGAUGCACCAAGUGAUCUUGACUGUCCCACAGGACAUGGGAAGAGAUAUGAAGUGGAUGAAGCACACAAGUGGCAAAAAUACUCACAGGAAGAUAACCAGAACCAGAACCACACUGCCACAGUUCCCAUAGCGAAUGGUCACUACUUGGCAUUGGUCCCGGGCAACAGGAGGCCCAUUGAUCCGACUCUUGCUGCCCAUUUCGCCAAGAUCGCUCCCCCUUCGCCUUUGACCAAUACUGCCGCUGAUGGUCGCACUGGUGGAGAACAGCUGAGGAGGCUGGAGCAACACCAAGAAAAGCUGAGAGAGAUGCAGCAACGUCAGGCACAGGAGAGGCAGAAGAGGCAGUGGCUGGAGGAAGAGCGACUGAGGCUGGAGCAACAGAAGCAGCUGGAGAAACAGCGCAGGGAGCUUCUCCAGCUGCAGCUGCAGCAACAACAGCAGGAGCACCGCCACCGCAGGCAGGUCCUGCAGUGGCAGCUGGAGUUGGAGCAGCAGUACCGCAUGCAGCAGAAACAGAUCCAGCAGCAGCAGCAGUUGAGGAGGAGCCCGACCGGAGUGAUGCUCUCCCCAUCCUCGGGGCUCUGCACCAUCUACGAAGCCAUGGAAACCAGUGACGAGGAGGACGAGGCCAGAGGAGAGCAGAACAGGAACGCACAUUUGGCAGGAAGGAGGGGGUUGUCCUCCCUGAGUGCCGCUCAGGAUUUUCAGCGGCAGCUGCGUCCGGUGCCCCCGCAGGAACUGGAAUGGAAUAAGAAGGUGGACAUGGUCCAACAGCUCAUCAACCAGACUUUGGUGCUGUCUGGUGAUGGAGACUGCCCUCAGCUCCUCCUCCUCCCUGUGGGGACAGGGGGCACCCUGAGCCCCCUGGAGAGCAGCAUGUGGCCCAGCUUGUUUCCCCAGUUCAGCCCUCCUACUGCUACAGUAACAUCUGUCAGCAGCUACUCCCCAGACAGCCAGGGCAGCUCCCCGAACAGUGACUGGACUGUGGUGGAGGUGGAGACCCAUCACUGAAGAAUCAACAGGCGGAGAAGCACAUCAGUAAAACGGUCCAAGGAACAGUUUCACAUACUUUGAAGUAUACCUUUUGACUUUUUGGCACAGAGUUAGAUGAGAAGAUUGAUGCCACUUUCAUGGCUAGACAGCUCAGUUUAGCCACAGACAUUAUAAGAGAGACACAUGAAUUUAAAUCUAUUGGCAAACUUCUGAAUCCAUAUAGCAGGACCUCAGCAGCUCACAAAUGGAUCGGUAGAAAACAAAGCAUAAAGAUGACAACUGACCAUAUUUUUUGAUGGGGCAUGCAUCUCUGGACUGUAAGAGUGAAAAUGUUUGAUGCAUGUGAAUACAUGUGAAUAUGCAGGUGGUCCCUGAUGGGAGGGGCUUGGAACUGGAAUGGGAGAGGUGCGGGCGGAGCGCUUAGCAUUUUCUAGACUUGUGCCUCUUGCAGACACACACAUGCAGCCACACACGAACGCUAAGAGUGUGAUAUUGAUCUUCUCGUCGAAUGCUGUGCCAAAAUAUGGUGCUCUUCAUGAGCAUGCGCCAUAAGACUGAACUCUUCUUACAUAUCUGAUCUAUAUAAUGUUUAUUUUAAUGUGGCACACGAUGCCAUUGUUAUUGAAGCCAUACAAGAAUUUUAAGGAUAAGACUAUUAAUAACUUCAUACCAUGUUUACUUUAAUCAUAAGACCAUAUGAACUUUGCUUUCAACAGGUUUCAUUAUUCGUAGUAGAAUAAGUUCACUGUGGAUGCCCUGUGUCAUUGAUCACUGUAACCCAGACAUGCAUACUGUCAUAUUGUAGCCUCACUUUAGAGCAUGUUUUCCUUACCAGAAGCACUAAAUAUCAGUCCUCAGCUGUCUUGCUCUGAAAUGCACUCUGCUUUAGCCACUCUGUUGUCACGUGAUGUGUGGGGCAGCGCUCUGCUUUAUUGUCUCUUUUGUACAUUUCUCAUCCACAUACUGAGACCAAAUACUGGUCACUCUCUCAAAUGAGGGACUGAGCUAUGACAAAUUGCACUUAUUUUCUACCUUUACUUAUUCACUGUUUGCCAAAGUAUUUAUACAGGUAAGUGGCAAUACUGUUAAUAGAUGAAUAUUUUUGUGGGCUUUUAUACCCCCAAAUCCACAUGGUGAAAUAUUCAGAUUUAUGCACUGCGCCCUCCUACAACCACCAGUCUCUGCUCUGUGUACUGUGUUACUGUGACCAUACUGGACAAGCAGGUUUUCAUGGACUUAAUAGAGCUGUCAGUCAUGAAGGACGAGGGGAGGUGUGAAAGAAGAAGAAGGCACUCCUUGUUCUGUUGUGAGGGAUGAAGGAAGGCUACAAGGGUGCAAGGCUGGUUGGGGGUGAAAGAGGGCAGGGGGUGGGCCAAGCUGUUGUCCUCCCUCACACAUUCCAAAGUUAUAACCUCAUUUCCUGGGUCGGCCAGUAUUCAGGGAGUCUCCGAGGUUACAGGUGACGUCAUGGUGGGGGGAGAAAAGGAGGAUGUGGAGAUGAGACAAUGCACCCACUCUGGAUAGGCACCGGACUGGGGGUGUGAGGGUGGAGGGCAGUAGUUCAAGUACCAACCCUUUAUUAAUAUAUUGUUUAUGUUAAAUAUAUUAAUAUAGUCUGUUAAGAGUUUCUAUAUAUUUCCCUUUGUUAUCAUAUUCUGUGAUUUGUGCAGUAUAUUAAAAAAACGUGUUUACUUGUAUCAGUCAGGUAGAGAGAACUCAGCAGGUUAUCUGAUAUCAGUAACUGUGAUUUUCCAGAAAAGGCACCUGUGUUUCUCUUUGUGUCUGCACAAGGUAGGUGAUGUCUGUCUGGGAUGAUAGAAAUGAAGAAACACUGCCACCUGUUGGCUGCAUGAGUAACACGCUGACCCAUUCUUCCUCAGACACAGCCUGAAAAUCUCUUGCAGUAAAUCAUUUAAUGUGAGUUUUAUAUCUAUUAUGUAACAGGCUUUACUUUUAGCUGCUGCUCCUAUAAGUAAAGUGCCCAUUUAUAUGAGUCUGAAGUAUCCCAAAUUAAUAUUUUAAAAGCAGAUUAUGUUUAAACACUCAUACAGAAUAUACUUUUCCAAUAAUAUUUGUACUAUGCAUGCGGUGUGUGACCACUGCUGUUGUAUGCUGCUGUCUCAUAUCGUUUAAAAAUAACCUACAUGCAAGCAAGCAUAACUAGUGAUAAUAAUGCAUGCAUUAUGAGAGUAGACCUAUAUGUGCACCUAUAUUGUUUGACUACAGUCUACAGUGCCUCUAGCCCCUUUACACAGAUAUUUUUGUGCACCUUUGCUAUCAAAUUUCAUAUAAUUCUGAUACAAAAUUGCUGUUUACACUCUGAGUAUUUUGAUAUUCGUUGUGCGAGUGAUCGUCGUCCUCUUCUUUUGUACUGGAGAAGCUUUCUGUGGUGUUGUGCCAGUGUUCAGAUCGUUUUUAAGUAUGAAAUGUGAAAAUCUGAUGCUUCCAAUAUGAA